GGAAACUCUCCUCCGAUCUACCGCUUAAGGAGCCUUCUUGGCGUUCCCUCACCUGCCAGUUUUCAGCCCGGAUGGGAAAUCGUCUUCGCCCGAUGCAUGAUCGUGCUGACAGCAUAACAGCCUGCGGAUGAAAUGAUUCUUAUCCUAGCGCCGACCCUUAUUCCAGUAUGCUAUAAAAGUCUGUCGUGCCGUUACUUCAUAGCUGUUAAUCACUGCCAUGACUUUUCUCUCCACUCUCCUCACGGCAAUACUUCUCCUUCCUGGGAGUAUGGCUACUCCAAUCCCAAGCGCACGGUACCUCGUUGCGAGAGAAUACAAUUCAUCAGACUUGUAUGCAAACUGGCCCACCUACCAGGACUUACCUCUGCACCCAUCCUUUCCGACAAAGGCUGCGUGGGGUGUUUGGGGCCCCGAAGACGAGCUUGGCGCUCUUAAUCAUAUCACUUCAGCUACGAUACAAGCUGCCAAAUCGGAGAUUCGAGAGGGUAUUGCGAUCAGCUUGAACCUAAGACUUGAUCUACCCAACCCUCCGCUCCCAAAGACGCGUCAGGGACUGACCCACGCUAUCAUGCCAUUUUCGGGAUACCAAGACGAUGUACUGACGCUUAACACCCAAGUCUCGACUCAGUUUGAUGGACUGAGGCAUUAUCCUUAUUCCACCAAUGGGGACGUUUCUACAUACCAGUUUUACAAUGACCUCAUAUCGUUCACAGACAUCAUGUCACCCGCCAGGGUGAGUACACUUGGGAUGCAAAAUUCUGCACAAAAGGGUAUUGCUGGACGCGCCGUCCUUCUUGAUUGGGCCGGAUGGAUGGACUCCCAGAACAUCACAUUCAGCGCGUUCUCCGAGCAAGGUAUUACCGCCGCCGAGCUCGAUGCAGUUGCAGCCUGGGAGGGUCUACCUCCGGAUUUCACCAAACCAGGAGAUUUUCUAAUUGUUCGGACUGCGAUGACGAAGCAGUAUAAAGAGCUUUCUGAGUAUGACCAAGAUAUGUUGCCGUUUAGAGAGCACUUCGACUUUGUUGGUGUUGAAGCGAGCGACGAGAUGCUUGAAUGGAUAUGGGAUAAGAAAUUGAGCAUUGUUGGCUCUGAUAAUAUAGCCUUUGAGCCGGGGGCAUUGACCGCGACGAUUGACGGAACACCGGGGAGGAACCUGCAUCAGGUGUUUAUUGGUGGAUGGGGUCAAAGUAUUGUCGAACUUUUGGACCUCGAGGAGCUGGCGGAGACUUGUCACCGACUGGGAAGAUUCACUUUCUUUUUUACGAUACAGAAUCUAAACGUCCCAGGUGGCAUUGCCAGCCCGCCAAAUGCUUUGGCGAUAUUGUAGACAAGCUGAUGAAGUUACGUUCGUACAUAGUAUAAUUAGGGACAUGGAAAUCUGACUACUUGCUACACUGCGUCGAGAUGAUAAAUGCAGAAAAAACAUCUGGCU